AUGGCUGAGAAGACACUGGAGCAGGGCUCGGUCAGCAUCCCCAUGGAGGAGACCAAACUCCACGGCGGGGCACCUCAGGAGGCGCCGCUGCUCACCCACCUGAAGAAGGUGGAGAACCACAUCACUGAGGCUCAGCGUUUCUCCCACCUCCCACGCCGCUCCGCUGUGGACCUGGAGUUCAAUGAGCUCUCCUACACCAUCCGCGAGGGUCCGUGGUGGAGGAGGAGAGGUUACAAAGCCCUCCUCAAGUGUUUGUCAGGAAGAUUCAACAGCAGAGAGCUGAUUGGCAUCAUGGGGCCUUCUGGAGCUGGGAAAUCCACUCUGAUGAAUAUUCUGGCAGGGUACAGGGAGACUGGCAUGAAGGGCCAGAUCUUGGUAAAUGGCCGACCAAGGGACCUUAGGACCUUCAGGAAGAUGUCCUGCUACAUCAUGCAGGAUGACAUGCUGCUGCCACACCUUACUACGAGGGAGGCCAUGAUGGUUUCUGCCAAUCUGAAACUGAAUGAGAGCAUACAGGUCAAAAAGGAACUUGUGGAUGAGAUCCUGACUGCUCUGGGUCUUCUGGAGUGUGCUCAGACACGCACCAACUCUCUUUCUGGGGGUCAGUGUAAAAGACUGGCCAUUGCCCUCGAGCUGGUCAACAAUCCUCCUGUCAUGUUCUUUGAUGAACCCACCAGUGGUCUGGACAGUUCGUCCUGCUUCCAGGUCGUUUCCCUCAUGAAGUCUCUGGCUCAGGGAGGUCGGACAAUCAUCUGCACCAUUCACCAGCCCAGCGCCAAGCUCUUUGAGAUGUUUGAUAAGCUGUACAUCCUCAGUCAGGGUCAGUGCAUAUACAAGGGCACAGUACCUUACCUUAUCCCUUAUCUGAAGAACCUGGGCCUCCACUGCCCGACGUAUCACAAUCCUGCCGAUUUCAUCAUUGAGGUGGCUUCAGGGGAGUAUGGAGACCUAAAUCCGGUGCUGUUUGAGGCUGUCCAGGGUGGACUUUGCUCCGAGGAGGGCAAGAAGAACUCCAAAAGUGACUCUUCCUGUCCUUCACAGUGUCACAGUGUAAGUCAACAGGACACGGGAACCCUUGAGAAACAUAGCUUUGCCACCAGUUCAUUCACACAGUUCUGCAUCCUCUUCAAAAGAACUUUCAUUACAAUAUGCAGGGACACGGUGCUGACCCACCUCAGGGUCAUGUCCCAUCUGUGUAUUGGAGUUCUGAUUGGCCUGCUUUAUCUCAAAAUUGGAAAUGAUGCCAGCAAAGUCUUCAACAACACUGGUUUCCUCUUUUUCUCAAUGCUGUUCCUCAUGUUUGCUGCCCUGAUGCCCACUGUCCUAACCUUUCCUCUGGAGAUGUCUGUGUUUGUAAGGGAACAUCUCAACUACUGGUACAGCCUGAAGGCCUAUUACUUGGCCAAAACAGUGGCUGACAUACCGUUCCAGGUGAUUUGUCCAAUCAUGUACUGUAGUAUAGUGUACUGGAUGACUGAACAGCCACCAGAGGCAGGUCGCUACCUACUUUUCAUGGCCUUGUCCACAUCCACAGCUCUGGUAGCUCAAUCCCUGGGUCUGCUUAUAGGGGCUGCAUCAACAUCUCUGCAGGUGGCAACCUUUGUGGGUCCAGUCACAGCUAUACCUGUGCUCCUCUUCUCUGGCUUCUUUGUCAAUUUUGACACCAUUCCCAAAUACCUGCAGUGGAGCUCUUAUGUCUCCUAUGUCAGGUAUGGUUUUGAAGGGGUGAUACUCUCUAUCUAUGGGAUGAACCGGUCGGAGCUGGAAUGUCCAGACUUGGUGUGUAAGUUCCAAAAGCCUGAAGAGGUCCUGCAGCUGCUGGAUGUGGAGGAUGCAAAGCUCUAUGUGGACUUCAUGGUGCUGGGGGUUUUCUUCCUGGUCCUCAGACUGGCUACUUACCUGGUCCUACGCUACAAAGUUAAGUCAGAGCGGUAA